GAGCGCCUGCGCGGCGGGGUUCUCGGUCGCCAGCCAUUCCUGGGGAGGACUGCCGGUCGGUAGGUCGUUUCGUUUGUCGCUGGAGGAGAGGUCCCGGCCCUCCGGGAAGGCGGCUGCGGCGGCAAAAUGAAGAUAUUCGUAGGUAACGUAGAUGGAGCGGAUACAACGCCCGAGGAGCUGGCUGCCCUCUUCGCGCCCUACGGCACGGUUAUGAGCUGCGCCGUCAUGAAACAGUUCGCCUUCGUGCACAUGCGCGAGAACGCAGGCGCGCUGCGCGCCAUCGAGGCCUUGCACGGCCACGAGCUGCGGCCGGGGCGCGCACUCGUGGUGGAGAUGUCGCGCCCAAGGCCCUUGAACACUUGGAAGAUUUUCGUGGGCAAUGUGUCGGCUGCAUGUACGAGCCAAGAAUUGCGCAGUCUUUUCGAGCGCCGUGGACGCGUCAUCGAGUGUGACGUGGUGAAAGACUACGCGUUUGUUCACAUGGAGAAGGAAGCAGAUGCCAAAGCCGCCAUCGCGCAGCUCAACGGCAAAGAAGUGAAGGGCAAGCGCAUCAACGUGGAACUCUCAACCAAGGGUCAGAAGAAAGGGCCUGGCCUGGCUGUCCAGACUGGGGACAAGACCAAGAAACCAGGGGCUGGGGAUACGGCAUUCCCUGGAACUGGUGGCUUCUCUGCCACCUUCGACUACCAGCAGGCUUUUGGCAACAGCACGGGUGGAUUUGAUGGGCAAGCCCGUCAACCCACACCACCUUUCUUUGGUCGCGACCGCAGCCCCCUGCGCCGUUCACCUCCCCGAGCCUCUUAUGUGGCUCCUUUGACCGCCCAGCCAGCCACCUACCGGGCCCAACCCUCAGUGUCGCUGGGAGCUGCUUAUAGGGCCCAGCCUUCUGCCUCUUUGGGUGUUGGUUAUCGGACUCAGCCCAUGACAGCCCAGGCAGCCUCUUACCGCGCUCAGCCCUCUGUCUCCCUUGGGGCCCCAUACAGGGGCCAGCUGGCUAGCCCCAGCUCCCAGUCUGCCGCAGCUUCCUCACUUGGCCCGUAUGGUGGAGCCCAGCCCUCUGCCUCUGCCCUUUCCUCCUAUGGGGGGCAGGCGGCUGCAGCUUCUUCACUCAACUCCUACGGGGCUCAGGGCUCCUCCCUUGCCUCCUAUGGUAACCAGCCAUCCUCUUAUGGCGCCCAAGCUGCCUCUUCCUAUGGGGUUCGUGCGGCUGCUUCCUCCUACAACACCCAGGGAGCAGCUUCUUCCCUCGGCUCCUAUGGGGCUCAGGCAGCCUCCUACGGGGCCCAGUCUGCAGCCUCCUCACUAGCUUAUGGAGCCCAGGCAGCUUCUUACAAUGCCCAGCCCUCGGCCUCGUACAAUGCCCAGUCUGCCCCAUAUGCUGCACAGCAGGCUGCUUCCUACUCUUCUCAGCCUGCUGCUUAUGUGGCACAGCCAGCCACAGCUGCAGCCUAUGCCAGCCAGCCAGCUGCCUAUGCUGCACAAGCCACUACCCCAAUGGCUGGCUCAUAUGGGGCCCAGCCGGUGGUUCAGACCCAGCUGAAUAGUUACGGGGCUCAAGCAUCUAUGGGCCUGUCAGGCUCCUAUGGGGCUCAGUCGGCUGCUGCAGCCACUGGCUCCUAUGGCGCCGCAGCUGCCUAUGGGGCCCAGCCUUCUGCCACCUUGGCAGCUCCUUACCGCACUCAGUCGUCAGCCUCACUGGCUGCUUCCUAUGCUGCGCAGCAGCAUCCCCAGGCUGCUGCCUCCUACCGUGGCCAGCCUGGCAGUGCCUACGAUGGGGCAGGUCAGCCGUCUGCAGCCUACCUGUCCAUGUCCCAGGGGGCCGUUGCCAACGCCAACAGCACCCCGCCGCCCUAUGAGCGUACCCGCCUCUCCCCACCCCGGGCCAGCUACGACGAUCCCUACAAAAAGGCUGUCGCCAUGUCGAAAAGGUAUGGUUCCGACCGGCGUUUAGCCGAGCUCUCUGAUUACCGCCGUUUAUCAGAGUCGCAGCUUUCGUUCCGCCGCUCGCCGACAAAGUCCUCGCUGGAUUACCGUCGCCUGCCCGAUGCCCAUUCCGAUUACGCACGCUAUUCGGGCUCCUAUAAUGAUUACCUGCGGGCAGCUCAGAUGCACUCUGGCUACCAGCGCCGCAUGUAGGGCCAUCCUGGGGAUGGGGCACCACAGGGAGGGAGGGAGAGGAGAGAUAGGUAGGGUGCAGACCCAGGUUUUAACCACUCUGGCCCAUACCUCUCCUGGUUGCAAUUUUUUAUCCCCUCCCUCUAUUACGUGGACCUUCCCCAGGAGAUGAUCCUUUUACAUAUUUGGCAGUAAUCUACUUUGUUCCUUCGCCUCAGCAGCACAUCUUGCUAGUGGCUAUAGACCUGCGGUUUCCCCUCUACCCUGCAUCCCAUCUCCCCCGAAUGGGAGUCUGUCUCAUAUGUUUUUAUUUUUUCCUGGCUCCCUUUUAUUUUUAUGCGCGGUAUUUAAGGUCGUCUGGAUGGGGAAGCAACCUGCAGCUGAGGUUGGCGGCGCCUUUUUCUUUCAGAUAUGAGGGAGGCCAAGAGUGGGUUAAUUCAACCAUUUCCUAUGCGCCAAGCUGUGCCAGCAGUCCUGGGGACCUUGACUGCUCCUGUGCCCCUCCGUAGACUGUUGGAGACUGAGAUUCUAUUGGGACAGUCAGUUGGCAUGUGUCCAAAUUCCUGCUCACCACUGAUGUUCUAGCUUGUGGUGUGUGAUACAGUCCCAAUUCCCCAUCUCCCCAAGUAGGUGGUGUUAGAAAACCUUAAUUUUUUUUUCUCUUUUGUAUGGACUACAAAUAAAACUUGGGGCGAUUUGCAGUUUGGAAACCUGGUUGUCAUUGUCUUGAUUGCACUCAGUGUCAGAUGAGCCAGUUUGACAUCCAGGAAGACAUGACAGCUUAAAAGGAAGCGGGCCUGAGAACCCAGGGUCGGUGUGGAAAGGGGUCUGGAUGUGGGAAUUAGAAUGAUUUCCCUGCUUGCUGUCCAGUGGGGUGUAGCUCCAUUGGUGGGCUGUCAGCAUGCCAUCUUUAGGAUUGUAGAGUCCAGACCAAAUGAAUGGUUGGACUUUCUGAGCCUCGAAUUGAUCACACCAAAAUGCAGUAAAUAUUACCUGUUUUCUUUUGCUUAUGUUUGACUGUUUUCCCUCACUUUUCCCCAGUUUAGGAAAAACCCAGUGCUCCAGCAAGGAGGUUCUGGCUGGGGUUUGACUUUUCUGAAGAAUGGGGAGUGGACUGUUACUUGUGUGUAUGCUAGUAGGUCUUUCAGAAAGUGGGUUCAAAUGAGUUCUGGGGCCGGGACCCUGAAGGGAGCCAUAUUGGGGUACGGGUGAUGUCACUGAUACUGCCCUGCGGUUGGAGAAGGGAAGGACAAAGAAAAGUUGAAUUCGGUAUGGGGCAUUCUGGCCUUAGUCCUGGUACUUCGCCUACUCUGAACUUCACCAUGGAGCGUCCUUCCUGCGUUCUGCCAUACAGCACCUGAGAUUCCUUUCCCUAUCCCCAUCUGUAUGAUUUUCAGAUGUUUUCUUGGCUGGGUUUGUAUUCAAAGGUAUCAUGAAAGACUAUGGGAAAAGGGUGGAGUGCAAACAUAAUCAUGUAGAAAUUCUGGCAAUGGGUGAGGAAGUAAUUCUGUAUAUAUAUUCUAGAGCUGGGGAGAGUGAUGAUAUGGCAAGAACUAGGGCAGUUCCUGCCAAGGAUAACAUGAAGGUUUGGACUUGAUGGGGAAAGACUGGUUGUGUAGAGUGAUAACAGGAAAAUCUAUUGAUGCUGCUUAGGGAGAGUGUCUUAGAGACUGGUUUGAGACAAGGUGACUUAGGGGAUGUGUGGGCAUUUCAGUCAAGAGUCCAGGUGGGUUGUCUGUCUUUAUUGGUGUCCUGUGAACUUAACCCAUGACAGAGUAGUUUGACCCGAUGCCCUUCCUCCUCCCUCUGCCCCUCAUUUAAAAGCAUGGCCUUCCAACCAUGAGUUCUUACUUGUGGAUGCUAAAUGGGGUAAUCUCAGGGAGUACUGGGGCCAUUGCUCUGCUUUUUCUGCUCAUUGCCUUGCCUUCAAGAUGCUUUGCGGUUCCUUUUCAUUUCUUUGCAGGACUAGAGAAGAAUGGGAAGAAGAGUGAUGUUUCUUGUUAACUUUCUGUAUGAUGGUAGAUUGAUUUGAGGACUAAGCUAACAAGCUAAGCUUUGAUUAUUAUCCCAGAAAAUUGAGGGUUGAUUAUAGGGCUGUGGUCAUGGUCUCUAUCUGCAACAUUUCUUUGUCAGUGUGACUUUCUGUCAUUUUCCUUUCCCAUGAGGAUUCUGCCACUGUCCCAGUUCCAUGGUUCAU